AUGGCUGAGCGACGGACUAGACCCGAAGUGCAGAAAAUCAAGGAUGCAUAUGACCACCUAUUCCACUCCGCACUCAGCCUGUCCAAGAUCAAGGACGCUGCGCUCGGUGGUCGUCUGUUCUGUGCUGCGGACGAUACGCCUGGGGUACCCGGACGGAGUCUUGCUUGGAAGCUGUUUCUUGUGCAGGCCGAACCGCUGCAGACGCCGGCAGUUGUUGGUGCCGUGCCCCCUCUCGAAGCGUUGAGAGCGGGCCGCAAGGAGUAUACUGCAUUGCUGCUGGAGAAGAUGAGGGCACCAGAUGGGAGCUAUGAGGAGGGUCUGAUUAUUCCUGGAACAGGCUCCUCGCCUCCUCGGAUCCAACAAUCCCGACAGGAUCUUGAGAAGAACAAUCCAUUGAGUUUGGAUGAUCAGAACCCAUGGACAGAAUGGUUCGCAUCUGUUGAGUUGCGCAAGACUAUCCUCCAAGACGUGGAGCGCACGUUCCCUGACAUUGGGUACUUCCGAGAUGCCGAAGUGCAGACGCAACUGACAAACAUCCUCUACAUCUAUUCAGUCAUGCAUCCAGAUAUAGGUUACCGCCAAGGAAUGCACGAACUUCUCGCUCCUCUCUACUACGCUGUCGACUUCGAUUCCAUAGACGAAGGCAAUGCUGACCUAGAUGACUCGGAUGUUGAAGAGUUUUGUUCGCGCGCGUGGGUCGCUGCGGAUGCUUGGAUGCUCUUUGCGUCUGUGAUGAAAGGAGUAGGCCGGUGGUAUGAAUGGCAGGAGAGCAAGACGGUGACGGAGAAGCUGCCAUUGGCUUCGCAUGUUCAGCUCAACGUAUCCUCAGGAGGAAACACAUUGAAGCCCUACGUUGCCCCGAUCGUCGAAGCAUGCAACCGGAUCCAAUCAAUCUAUCUGAAGUCGGUCGAUCCAGAGCUGUGGAAGAGCAUGCAGAAUGCUGGAAUCGAGCCGCAGAUCUACGGAAUACGUUGGCUGCGUUUAUUAUUUACCCGCGAAUUUGACAUGCACGAUUCUAUGAUAAUUUGGGACGGCCUCUUCGCUUGCGACCCUACCUUCGACUUGGCCCAGUGGAUUUGCGUGGCAAUGCUCAUUCGUAUACGCAAUAAAUUGAUACCCUCUGACUACAGCGGUCAACUGACCUACCUUCUGCGAUACCCUUCUCCUCCCUCACUGUCCCAAUCUAGCUCUGACAAACUGACUAUCCAUCGCGCGAAUCUCCUACUCCGACAAGCUCUGACACUGCAGAUGUCGCCGGGUCUCGCCACAGGGCUGUCCAUCAUUAAUGAAAAUAGGAACAUGCUGAAUAUCCCGGUUGAGGUACCCGAGCCACCGCCAGCGCCUCCGACGCGGAGGUCUCGUCCUGGCGAGCGGAGUUCGUUCUCAACGUCUUCUAGCACUCGGGCCUCUUCGCGAGGUCCUAUCUCCAGGCUUAAUCACGCGCGGCAGCAGUCGACGCCUUUGGGCCUGCCUGAGGCGUGGGCUCGAGGUUUGCUCGAACGUGGUGAGAGUCUUGGAAUCAACAAGACUGUCAUGAAUGCUGUUUCCGAGCUAAAGCGGAAUCUGCCAGAUCUGACUACAUCACUUGGACUCUUGCCCCUCUCGCCACCGCAGAGCACCUAUGCGGCAUACCCUCUGGUCGAUGAAAGGCCUCCUUCUGAACGGUCGCUGUGGGAGCAUCCUUCGCGCUUUGAGGUGGAGCGUGAGGUUUCCGAUCGGCGCGCGCUUCAGAGACGGCUUGGGGAUUCGGUUGCGUGGAUUGUAGACACGCUUUUGCAAGACGAGGAGAGCGUUCGGGAUGAGAACCAGAAAAAAACAGUUCGGAAUAGGAAACGAGAGGCAGUGGAGUGCCUCGCGUAUGUGCGGGAUGUUCUGAAGGGUACUGUCACAGACGUGGAUGAAGAGCGUUUGGUUAGUGAAGAAGAAUUCAAGAGAAGGAAGGAGCUGAGGAAGCAGCAGGAGAAGGAGAAAGAGGAGAGUAGGAACCGUCAGCGGGCAGCACCAUUGGUGCCACAGCCUGCCGCGACAGCCUCGCCUGUUCAGAUUGCCUCUCAUCGUCCACGCGGGUCCACGGAUUCGCUCUUGCGCCAGAUGACGGCGGGCUCGCCUUCUCGUUCUGCGAUUCACACUUCUCCCAGCCAACCAUCGCUCCACGUUUCUUCGUCUUUGCCACCAAACCCUUCCGCGCUCAGGCAAAACGCGGAUGCGAAGGUCGUCGCACCCUGGAACUUUACUCGGUCUGACUUCUCCAGCCGCGAGUCGCCCAUUGCGACGCUGCCUCGGGUGCCUCCGCCGACGUCGACGGCACUGCGGCCACAGCCCGCAACGUCCGCAUUUUCUCCGCUUGCGCCCGUGUCCAAGCAGCAGCGAGCGACUUCGCCCGAUCAAGCUCCACGCACGGUGCAGCAGGAUCCUUUAGGAGCUUUGUCGUAA